GUCUGUAGUCCUGAUGCACCAGCGAGCAGAGGUUUAUCAGAUAGCAUGGCUCUGCAAAAGGCAAUAUUUUUAGGAAUAAUUGUUGUAUUCUCAGGCCACAUCUACUCUGGGUUUGCAGCUCAAAAUGAGUGUAAGACGUAUGGCAGCGGCGUCUUUUAUACAUUCAACAAAACCGCAUUUCAUCUGAAGUCCACAUGUCCUGUAACGCUCACACGGUUCACUCAUGCUGGAGUGAACUGUCAUAUCAUCGUCCAGCGUGGACCGAACGGCCUGAUGGACAGAGUGGAGAUCAUUGUCAAUAAAAUCACGACCCUCAUUCACAAUAACACUGUCACAGUGGAAGGCAGCAGAAUUCCCCUUCCAUACGACCACACCUAUCAGUAUGUGUUUCAUUAUGGAAUCUAUACCAGGCUCCAAAGCAAAGUUUUGCCUUUGUCUGUCACCUGGUACAGUGUCUCUAAUGGCGUCAGUUCACUCGGGGUGCAACUGGACCAGGUUUUAGUGGAGGGUGUGAGUGGACUUUGUGGGCACCAGAACAGCUCAGAAACUAUGCAGCAGCUGAUAUCUGCCAGUGUUCUCUCUGAUGGGCAAUGCCUGACACAAGACUCUGUUAUACGGGAAAACAAAGUUUGUGAUGUUUUGUCCCAUGCUUACGAAUGUCUCGGCAAAAAAUAUAAAAGCUACAUGGAUCUAUGUAAAAAACAUAUGAAUGGCUUGUGGCAUCAGGAAGCAAAUUGCUCCUAUUUUAAAGAGAUCUCGCUUAUGUGUGGGAGCUCCAAUCAAUUUUGGAAACAAUGGAGAUCAAAAACCAACUGCUCCAAACCUCUUUGUCCUGGAGACCUAUACUAUGAGGAGAUGGGUCCCGCUUUCCCCCCAACCUGCAGCAACCCACAGAAUUACACCACAGGAUUUACUAGCACCUGCCUGCCUGCUGGAGGAAAGGUCUUGAAUGAUCAUGCUGAUGGUUACCAUUCCAUAAAUGUGGAAGAAUGUCCAUGUGUACAUGCAAAGAAAACGUAUGCUCCAGGACAGGAACGCAGAACAAAGUGCCAGACUUGUACCUGCAUCAGAGGCAAAUGGGCAUGUUCUACAAACACAUGUCCAGCCAAGUGUAUUAUUGAGGGCCAAUUCAUCACUACAUUUGAUGGCAAACAGUAUUCUGUACUUGACAGAUGCACAUUUGUGGCUGCAAGGGGGCUUAACUGGACAUUGAACAUUCAGUACUCUGUGCAAACUGUUGUCAUAGAAAAGGCAUAUCUUAAUAUCAAUCAGGAAAGAUAUACCUUCUCUGCAAACAGCAUACAAAUGAACAAUAUAGAAAUCAGUGACCUGUCACAGACUGAGUCAACCACAGUCUUUUGGCAGUCUUCAAUGUUCAUUCAAGUUCAGACUUCAUUUGGCCUGAAAAUGCAAGUUCAAAUCUCUCCAGAAAUUCAAAUAUAUUUGAAUUUGCCACCAACCGAAAAUACCAAAGGUCUCUGUGGAACUUUUAAUAAUGACACCAGCGAUGACUUCACCACUUUUAGUGGCAUCAUAGAAAGUUCGGCUCAGCUUUUUGCCCAGUCCUGGUCAAUGGGCAGUUGUACCCCAAUUACUGGAUGCAUCAACACUGACAAUGAGAUAUUUGCUGAGAACAACUGUGACCAACUGAAAGAUCCAGAAGGAGUGUUUGCUGUGUGUCACGAUUAUGUACCUGUUUCACCCUUUGUCGAGGCUUGUGUGAAGAGAACAUGUCAGUGCUCGGCUGCAUUACAGGAAUGUUUGUGUGUCUCCUUUGGAAACUACGCAAAAGCCUGUGUAACUCAAGGGAUCACUGUUGAGGACUGGAGAUCAGAAACAAACUGCAUUCCUUCUUGCAUGGGCAACCUGAGGUUUACUUACGCCACUUUGGCAUGUAACCGUACAUGCCGUUCCCUCUCGGGCCCUGAUCCCACCUGUGAGGUGCUGGACGACCCUGUGGAGGGGUGUGGAUGCACAUCAGACUCUCACCUGAGCAACCAACUGAAGUGCAGUCCUCGCUCACUGUGCAACUGCCACCACCCAGGAGGCGUCGCACCUCCAGGCCCAGUGGUUAUCGGUGGACGCCAAUGCCUGUGUGAAAAUGGACAACUCCAUUGUCCCAAAAUUUGCAAUUGCACAGUGGGAAAGAUUUGUGUGGAUUGUUUACAAAUACCCAUGAACACGGCCCAUAGAACCUGUGAAAGCUUGACCAAACCCGUAACUGAUGAUAACAGCUGUAUUAGUGGCUGUUAUUGUCCUGGGGGACUUUUUGAAGAUCAUUAUGGUGGUUGUGUGACUCAUGAAAACUGCACCUGUGAAUUCAGUGGGAGGGUGUAUGAAACUGGGCAGAGUGUGGAGACAAACUGUAAAAUAUGCACAUGUAGAGGUGGUGAGUGGUCUUGUAUUGAUGAGGCAUGUUCAGGAGUAUGUGAGGUUUUCGGGAAUGGGCAAUACCACACUUUUGACUCCAAAUGGUACAAAUUCGAUGGCCACUGUCAGUACACCCUAGUGAAGGACGCAGGUUCAAGUGGACAGUUUGCAAUUAAAUCUGAGAGCGUUCCUUGCUGUGACGAGUCUUUGACGUGUUCCCGCGCCAUCUCAGUGGAGCUCCUGGGUACAGUAACUCUGAUGUUGAGCGAUAUGAAGGUAACUGAGAGAUUUCAGGCAGGGAAUGCAUUGCUGGCAGAGCCCCUUUAUUCCAUCCACACUGUGGGCCUCUACAUCAUCAUCACAGCUCCCAGACUGGGCAUCACUGUAAUCUGGGACAAACACACCAGGGUCACCAUCCAACUAGAGUCCCAGUGGAGAGGCCGAGUGUUGGGACUCUGUGGGAACUUUGAUGGAAAGGUGACAAAUGACCUUUUGACGAGCAGCUCCUCCGAAGUUUUCAGUGUUCUGGACUUUGGGAAUAGUUGGAAGAGAGCAGAUCCGCCAUGCUCUGAUGUGACCCAUGAAAUAUUUCCCUGUGAACGUCACUCCUACUGUGCAGCCUGGGCUCAGCGGCGAUGUAUGAUCCUGAUAUCGGACACCUUUAAAGAUUGCCAUCUAAAGGUGGAUCCAGAGCCUUAUUACCAGGCCUGUGUUUUGGAGUCCUGUUCUUGUGAGUUUGAAGGAAAGUUUCUCGGUUUCUGUACUGCUGUCUCAGCUUACGCAGAGGCAUGCAGUGCAAAGGACGUUUGCAUCAACUGGAGAUCCCCAGAUUUGUGUCCGGUGUAUUGUGACUAUUACAAUGACGUGGGCAUAAGCACCUGGCAUUACGAUCCCUGUGGCCAGGUUAAGACCUGUGGCACUAAUAAACACUUUACAAGAAAACUUGAAGGUUGCUAUCCAAGAUGCCCUGAGGAGACCCCAUAUUAUGAUGAAAACAUAGGUAAAUGUACCACUUUGGACAACUGCACUUGUAACAUCAUGAACAGAGUGUUGUCACCUCCUGAUGAAAUCUGCACUCCCUAUAAAUGCUGUAAAUGCUUUGAUGGACAAAUCGUCUGCAUUUCAACAACUACGACUACAACUACGACUACAAUUUCUUACACAUCAACCGCUCAGCCAUCUACAACUGCAAUGACCCACACAACCACAACACAACCACCAACAACUCAAAGCACAACAAAAUACACAACACAAUCACCAACAACUGCGAAAACAACCAAACACACAAUGCAAACAUCAACAACUGAGAGGACAACAGAAUCAUAUACAACUCCAAUUACAGAAACAACUAGAAGUCAACUACCAACAGCUGUGAGCACAACGGAAUACACAACCACAACACAACCAUCAACAACUGAGAGCACAUCACAACCAUAUACAACUCCAGUAGAAAAAACAACCACAACACAGCUACCACCAAAUGAGAGCACAACAGAAUACACAACCACAACACAUCCAUCAACAACUGAGAGCACAACAGAAUCAUAUACAACUCCAGUAGAAGAAACAACAACACAGCAGCCAACUUCACAAAGCACAACAGAAUACACAACACAAAUCCCAACAACUGAGAGCACAACAGAAUCAUAUACAACUCCAGUAAAAGAAACAACAACACAUCUGCCAACUUCACAAAGCACAACAGAAUACACAACACAACUACCAACAACUGAGAGCACAACAGAAUCAUAUACAACUCCAGUGGAAGAAACAACAACACAGGAGCCAACUUCACAAAGCACAACAGAAUACACAACACAAAUCCCAACAACUGAGAGCACAACAGAAUCAUAUACAACUCCAGUAAAAGAAACAACAACACAUCUGCCAACUUCACAAAGCACAACAGAAUACACAACACAACUACCAACAACUGAGAGCACAACAGAAUCAUAUACAACUCCAAUGGAAGGAACAACAACACAGCCGCCAACUUCAGAAUACACAACAGAAUACACAACACAACUACCAACAACUGAGAGCACAACAGAUUCAUAUACAACUUCAAUGGAAGGAACAACAACACAGCCGCCAACUUCAGAAUACACAACAGAAUACACAACACACCUACCAACAACUGAGAGCACAACAGAAUCAUAUACUACUCCAAUGGAAGGAACAACAACACAGCCGCCAACUUCAGAAUACACAACACAACUACCAACAACUGAGAGCACAACAGAAUCAUAUACUACUCCAAUGGAAGGAACAACAACACAGCCGCCAACUUCAGAGAGCACAACAGAAUACACAACACAACUACCACCAACUGAGAGCACAACCGAAUCUACAACCACAAAACAACAGUCAACAACUGAGCACAUAACAGAAGCAUAUACAACUCCUGUGGAAGAAACAACUACAACAUCACAGUCACCAACUUCACAGAGCACAACAGAAUACACAACACACAAACCAACCACAAGGACGACAGAAUAUACAACUCCAUUGGAUGAAACAACAACACAGCAACCAACUUCACAGAGCACAACACAACUACCAACAACUGAGGGCACAACAGAUUCAUAUACAACUUCAAUGGAAGGAACAACAACACAGCCGCCAACUUCAGAAUACACAACAGAAUACACAACACACCUACCAACAACUGAGAGCACAACAGAAUCAUAUACUACUCCAAUGGAAGGAACAACAACACAGCCGCCAACUUCAGAAUACACAACACAACUACCAACAACUGAGAGCACAACAGAAUCAUAUACUACUCCAAUGGAAGGAACAACAACACAGCCGCCAACUUCAGAGAGCACAACAGAAUACACAACACAACUACCACCAACUGAGAGCACAACCGAAUAUACAACCACAAAACAACAGUCAACAACUGAGCACAUAACAGAAGCAUAUACAACUCCUGUGGAAGAAACAACUACAACAUCACAGUCACCAACUUCACAGAGCACAACAGAAUACACAACACACAAACCAACCACAAGGACGACAGAAUAUACAACUCCAUUGGAUGAAACAACAACACAGCAACCAACUUCACAGAGCACAACACAACUACCAACAACUGAGGGCACAACAGAAUCACAUACAACUUUAGUGGAAGACACAACCACAACACAACGACCAACAACUGAGAGCACAACAGAAUAUAAAACCACAACACGACCACUAACACGUGAGAGCACUCAACCAACCGCAAUACCAACAGAAUACACAACUGCAACUCAGCCAACAACUGAAGCUACAACAUCAGUAAAAUAUUCCACUCCAGUAUUUUAUAAUAGUCACUGGCUCUGCUAUCACAACUCCAAAUUCAACCUCAUAUCAAGUACACAAUACGACUAUAAAUCCGACAACGAUGACCCCUUCAACGGUGACCCCUUCAACUGUGAACCCUUCAACAAUGACCCCUUGUGCGAGUGCAAUGAUGUGAUGCGAAAUCAAAGCUGGUCAUGUGGAGAAACUUGGAGAGAGGAUUGUGCUGAUAAAGACUGUAAGGCUGGAGUGAUUGAGGUAAAAUCCAUAACCUGCCCAACACCCAAAACCAGGACGGAUUGCCCUAGCGACAAGAUGUCUUUGGUUAAAGAUAAAGAGACUUGCUGUGAGAGCUUUAAGUGUGACUGCCAGUGUCAGAUUUAUGGAGACCCUCACUACAUUUCCUUCCAGGGCAUUGCAUUUGACUUCAUGGACAACUGCACCUACACUCUAGUGGAGGAGAAAAAACCUCAACACAGAUUAAGCAUAACUGUAGACAACUACUACUGUAUCGAGGAAAUUGAUAAUUCCUGUUCUAGGGGCAUCACAUUAAAGUACUGGAAUGACACUGUCACACUUAUGGUAACAGCGGAGUCAGUGGAGUCUACUUUGAACCAGGAAAUCAUAAAGCCACCGUAUGAAAAUCAGGUCUUCAAGUUUGAAAGCAGUGAUAGCCAGGUCUACAUCUACAUCAAACCUAUCCGUUCCUAUGUUUCUCUUUCGACAUUCAACACUCUGUUAAUCAACCUGGCAUUAGAGCACUUCCAAAACAACACCAUAGGACAGUGCGGUGGUUGUGGUGGUCAGUCAUGCAUACGAAGAAAUGGAGUAGUUGAAGAUGACAACUGCUGUGAUAAGACUGCAUAUGACUGGGUCGUAGAAGACCCUCUGAAACCCUACUGCAAAUCGGCACCCAUCAAUGUUCCUUGCUUCCCUACCAUACCUCCACCUCCACCCCCGCCCCAACCUCCCUGUAAUCCUCCAAUGUGUGACCUUCUUCACCAUGAGGUGUUUGCAGAGUGCAGUAAAAGGAUCAAUCUUACGUCUGUGGUGAAGAACUGCCGGUUUGACUACUGUUCAACUAGAAGCAGUGUUGUUGCCUGUUCCUCUCUGGAAUACGCAGCAUCAGAGUGCAAGAGGAUUGGUAUUUGUGUGGACUGGAGAUCCCUUACCAAUGGCUCCUGUGAGAUCACGUGUCCUGAAGGAAUGACGUACGAUGAGUGUCGCGAGUCUCCGAAUGAUGUCUGUCGAGGCGGAGUUCGUGUUCCUGCAACGUCUGUGGUUGGUCUGAGAUCAGGCUGCUUUUGUCCUGAUGACCACACGCUUGCAGAAGAUCACAAGCAAAUCUGUGUGUCUGAAUGCACUAAGUGUAAAGGACCAUUGGGUGAGCCAAUGCCGGUAGGGGCAGUAUGGGAAUCAAACUGUCACAUAUGCACAUGUAAUAACCAGACUAGAACUGAAGAGUGUGUUCCCAAACCUCCCGGACCUACUCCAGUCUGCAGCGCCUUCUCCAUCUUGGUUUCUGACUGCUGUGACAAUCAGAUCUGCGUUGAGAAGAAUUGCGAAUACAAUGGAAGGAUUUACAAGGUGGGUGAUCGGUGGACAGACCCUUUAAGUCCGUGCGAGUCUUUCAGCUGUAGUCCGACAGGAACUGAGGUUGAGAAAACCGUGUGUCCGCUGCAAACCUGUGCCGAGGAUUUACGAGUGUGGGAUGAACAUCAUUGCUGCUAUUCAUGUAAUGUUACAUGUGCUGCCAGAGUGACAAGAAUGAACCUAACAAUUGCCGACUGCACACAGGAAGUCGAGCUUCCCAUUUGUGAUGGCCAGUGUAAGACACACAACAGGUGGAUUCAGACUAACGGGACGCUGCAGCUUGAACAGAGUCACCAGUGCUGUAAGGAGAGAGGUUAUGUGAUGAGAGAUAUAACGCUGACUUGCAGCAAAAGCUCUCUGACCCACUUCACAUACAGACACGUCACAAGCUGUGAAUGCAAGGCCGAAGGUUAAGUUUACUUGACAUACAAAUGGAUGAAAACCUUAGUUAAAGUUACAUGUGAUUAACUUUGGUCUCUGUGUUGUUUAUGCAUAAUUAAUAAUUAGCUGCUGAUGUGUGGGAUGAUUUAGUUUCAAGCCAAACAUAUUUCUGUCAUUUGUAUUUUUGU